CACACAGAAACAUGCUUCCACCCAUUUCUUCCUCCUAGUGGAGCAGGGUGAUGCAGGCACAGCAGCAGCUGCUGCUCUGUCACAUCCAUAACCACCACACACCGAAAAGGCAGGAGAGAAGGAGGAGGUAAGCAGGUGGAAAGGGAGGAGGAAGAGAAGGAAGAGGAGGACACAACUCUGUCAAAAGGACACCAGGGGACAGAAGUACAAGAAGAGGACAAGGAGAAAGGGAGGACAGCAGAGGGAGGCGGGUGGCUGCAGACAUGUCAGACGCACCUUUGCAAAGAAACGGCUCUGCCAAAACCCCGAUGUCUUGUGAGGAGGCUCAGCUCCACAAAGAGAGGCUGCAGGCCCUGGCGGAGAAGCGGAAACGACAAACUGAAAUUGAUGACAAAAGAAGUCAGCUUGACGAACUGGUGCUACAGCUUCAGCAUGUUAAGUCCAAAGCAAUGCGGGAGCGAUGGCUUCUCCAGGGAAUGGGCGCUGAGGAAGAGGCGGCACGGCGGAAACAGCUGGAACACGAUGAAGAACAAGGGAAGAAGCUCGAAGACAUCAUACAAAGGUUGGAGUCUGAGAUUAGUGCACUUGAGAGUGAAGAGUCUCAAAUUUCUGCCAAAGAGCAAGUUCUUCGCCAGCGUCUGAAAGAGACGGAGCGCUCCAUAGAAGACCUGCAAAAGAGUCUGAUGACCCAGGAAAAAGAUGCUGCCAGCAGAAUGUCCGCCCCCGUCUCGGACUACUCGGAUCCCGAUCCCAACCACCUAGACCUGACCGCUUAUCUCCGGAGCGGCCGACCUGCCUCUGGAGAGCACACCACAUCAAGACCCGCAAUGUUCGCCAUGGAGAUCAACGUUCAGCAUGACCCGAAGACUGGUGAGCAGCGCAUCCUGUCGGCCAAUCGCGUCAGCCCAUUGGAGGCGGCUUCGCGGGGUGUCAAGGUCUACGAUGAUGGCAGGAAAGUCGUCUACGAGGUCACUUCCUCUGGGGGCGUCUCUACCAGCACCGUGGAGAACGGCUGGAGCUCUGCACAGGUUGAUGAGUUAGUCCAGCGAGCUGCCAGGCCUUCACAUGCAGGAGGAAGAGGAGACAGUGGGAGGGGUCAGGUGACGGUGACCCCAGUUCCACGUCAAGCUUACGUUUCUCCUGCUGAUGUUGACGAUCUGUCACCCCCCUCCUGUGCCCCACCAUCCAUUCCUUCCAGUCCACCAGCCCAGAUCACCCUCCAAAGGGAAACCCGGCUGGGCAUGAUGCCCCUUUCCUCUGCUCCCAUUACAACCCAACCAGGUUCAUCAGCCAAUCGGAGCAGUGAGCUCAGCCCCAUGCCCCAAGCCAGCACGGAGCACCCUGUCACCAUGGUAUUCCUUGGCUACCAGGACGUUGAGGACACAAGUGAGAGCAGGAGGCUGCUCGGCUUUGACGGUGCAGUCAAGGCCGAGGUCGUGCUCAUCGACGAAGAUGAUGAGAAAUCCCUGAGGGAGAAGACGGUCACUGACAUCUCCAUCAUCGACGGCACCGCCGCCGACCUGGUGUCGGGACGGCCGGCCACGUCCGAGGCCGUCAGCACGGAACUGUCGUCUGACGGGCGCGAACCGGACAGCGCGUCCUCACCCCCUGCAAACCCAGAAGCAAACAUAUCCCCGCCGCCCGGCCUCACCCCCGCCACAGGCUACAUCCAAGAGGCCACCAUAAUGACAGCAAAUGGCUUUGAAGCUCCUUUUCCAAGGAUAGACCACCAAUCUGCCAUGAACCCGUGGCGAGCAGCCGAGGAUGCCACUGACUCUUCACCAAGAGAGCGAGCCGUAAAGAGUGUCAGUUUCCAGGAAUCAGUCAGCGUUAUCACUGACAGACCUGCAAACAUGGAGCUGGAGAGCCAGCAGGUCCAACAUGGCUGCCUCAGAAGCCCCAGCAACCAAGGCCAGAGUGUAGUUGUGAAAGCAGAGACACCAGACAGCGAGGUGGUGCAAGAGAUCAGCUACCUGGAUCAGGUGCUGGACGCAGCUUCAGAGACUCCCACUAAUGGAGACCCCUCACUGUCAGAGCAUACAAAACCAAUCAGUAUCAACGGAACAUCUUCUUCUGUGUGUGUGUCUGACAAUCGGCAAUCAAUCCAUGUGGAGGAGCAAAGGUCGAGCACGUUCCCCCACCUGGAGUCUGCCGUAAGAACCAAUGGUCACUUCCAGGGAGAUGAGUCGGGGCAUGGCGCGGUCAAGUUUGAGUUGCGAGCGUUUCAGGAGGAGAGACGACCAGCAAAACUUUUCACACCCGGAGAAGAGCAGCAGGUCAGGGUGACGAGGAGGCGACCAUCAGAAGAGGUUCAGGAACUGGAACGCGAGCGCCAGGAGCUGAUCAAAGACCAGGCAGUCAAGAAGAACCCUGGUAUUGCACAGCGCUGGUGGAAUCCUCCUCUGGAGGUGCCUUUGGAAGAGCAGCUGGACGGAGACCAGCUGGAAUCUCUAAAGAAAUAUCAGGAGAGGAAACAGCGGAAACAAAAUCAUCCCUAUCCAUACGCUCAGCCCCACAUGUCUGGUCCCCCAGCAAUGGUGACCUUUGAUCCUGAUGUAACUAGGAAGGAGGACAUUCUGGAAGAGCAGAUUGAUUUCUCAUCUGCCAGGAAGCAGUUUCUGCAGGGAGACGCUGCCAAGAAGAACCUCAUUCCUCAAUUGUACUCUGCCAAACCUUUCUGUAAAUCCGGAACCAGGAGCAGCCCAGGCAUCAGCGACUUUGUUGCAGAAACCGGAGAGACUCACGUGACGUGGUCUAAUGAGGGGCUGGCAGAAGAAUUUACUUGCGCCCGAGCCGUGAUGACGAUCCUGCCGGAGCAGGAAGAAGGAAAGGAUCUCAGCCAACCGUUCCACCCAGAAGAGUUUGACUCUGGGUUGGAUGAGCUGUCCGUCCGCUCUCAGGACACAACUCUCUUCAGUUUGGAUAAUGUUUCAGACAGCGGGGCGUCUCUACCCCCGACUCCAUUACCACUCACUCCAGUAUCGCCCCCCACCCCUCAGCCCACAACUCCAGUCAACGGGCAGAGUGCCGGCGGCAGCCCAAACGAAGACGAGUUGGAAUUCCACGCCGGGGUCCUGGUCCAAAACGCCAUCCAGAGCGCCCUCGCCGCUCAGAACGGAGGGGAGCUGAACUCCUCCCAGCUCAGCAGCCCAGUGUCUCCAUCCUCUGCCUCCACAAGCAGCCCAGUGCCAGUCUCAUCCUCACCUGUGUCUUCUACUGGAGCUCCCAGCUUCCAGUCGCCUGCGUCCUCCAGUCCUGCGCCGUCCAUCCCGUCCCCGCAGCCGGACACACAGUCUGGUGAAAGAGUGGGGUCAGAGUCCUCCAGUUCAUCCCGACUUUCCCAGCUCCAGACUCCUUCUCCUCCGCCUUCCCAGCCUGUUUCCCCACCGCAGAGGCCCAGAAACGGAGGCCCACGGAUCAAAAUCCAGUCGUCCUACACGCGGGCGCUCGCCUCCUCAGCUCCAGCUCCUGCACCCGCUCCUGUUCCAGCUAACGUCCCCAGGCCGACCCCCGUCUACCGCCCCCCAUCUCCUCCGAGCCCAGAGAAGCCGGAGUUCAGCUACUUCAGUAAAUACUCUGAGGCGGCUGAGCUCCGCAGCACGGCAGCGGCAUCUCGAGGCCCCGAGGUGGAAGCAACCGCUCAAGGCCCAUUCCGCCUGCGCUCUAAAAAGCAGAAAACUUUGUCCAUGAUCGAGGAGGAGAUCCGAGCCGCUCAACAGAGAGAGGAAGAGCUGAAGAAGCAGCGGGAGACGCAGCCCACCGUCGUCUUCCGGCCCAGCGCCGCGCCCAGUAACAGUCACGGACCGGUGAGGACGGGAGUGAGACACGGCACCAUUUCCCCCGCAGAUAAGAUGAAGAGCAACAGCCUGCCAGCUAGGCUCACCCUGACAGCACGGACAGCGCCAGGGAAAAUUGAGAAAGUUCGGCCUGCACCGCCGGUCUCCCCCUGCCCCUCAGAAGGGGCUCUGUCUGAUGCUGGCAGCGAGGAUUCGGGAGGAUCACGACCCAAAAACUUGAUGCAGACGCUUCUGGAAGAUUAUGAAACGCACAAGGUGAAGAGAAAAGAGAAGAUGGAGGACAAUAGUGUUCUGGAGGCAACAAGGAUGACCAGGAGGAAGAGCAACAUGGCGCUGAAGUGGGAAGCUGGUAUCUAUGCCAACGAGGAAGGAGAGGAGGAAGAGGAAGAAGAAGAAGAAGAAGAAGAGGAGGAAGAGUGAACAACUUUUUUCAAGGACUGUGAAGAAGGAGACAGAAUGGGAUGAUGAGGAUGAUGAGGGGGAAAAGAAUGGAGAAUUAACCAGUAUUUAUUAUGCUAACUGUAUCCUGAUGAUCACAAGAUGCCUGAUGAGACGCAUCAGUUUGGGGACCUGAGAACUGAAGGUGUAACAGUGAGGUUGAUAUUUGAUAGUUGACAUGUUAGAAGGGUUUUUACGGAGGUUUCGACAUUUAAGGCGUAUCGUCUCCACAAGCUGGUAGACGCUGAGUGACUUUUGUCAAUUUUUUUUUUUUUUUUAAUCUAUUUGCAGUUUAAUGAUUGAACUAAGAGCUAAGAUGUAAAGAUUGUUUCCAGAGAGUUGCUGAAUGGACUUGCGGUUGUUUUAGAAAACCCUGAAGUCUCAACAGGAAGAGAACCAGGUGUGUGUGUGUGUGCGUGCGUGUGUGUUGUGGAAAGAAAGACGAAGCCAAGAGAAAGCAUGAACACAUUUUUGACAUUUCCGACAUUUUUUAACCUUUUACAACGCUGCAGAAGGACCACAGUGUCUUGGAGGAACUCAACCAAAGGGCACCACUGACUCUCAAACCCACGUUGUUUUAGGAUGUGCACACAUUAUUUCAAAUGUUGAUGGGAACUUCUACACUUGUUUAAGUAUCUUUAUUAAAUUUAAAGUGCCGGAUCGACAGCAUCCCUGGAUUGUUAAAUGCUGGUAAGUAAAUCUGCAAAAAAACAAUAGCAAAAACUAUCUCUGCCUUAGACUGUCAGUAGUUGCUGGGUAUGAUGUAUUUGAUUCUCUUUUAUCUGUAUUACUUCACCGUCAAUAGGACCUAGAGAGAAGAUGGAACCACAUCAGACUGAAAGUUUGUCUGUAAUCUCCAAAUUCCACAGAUUUUUAAGGCUUAAGGUAGACUUAAGUGUUUGUUUUAUAUUCUGAAGAUCAAUUAGUUCAAUUUUGUUGGCUUCGUUGACCUGUGCUUUCAGAUGUAAGCAGUUGUUUCAUGUAUUACAGCGAAGUGUUUCAGAUGUGUGAACAUGUGGCUGAAGAUAAAAUUUGACUAGGAGUACUGAAAAGGUUUUGUAUAAAAAGGUCGUUAUACCAAAACAAAAUUUUAUUUUGAGGGGGGAAAAAAAGAAGCCCUUAAAUCUAUUUAAGAAGUAUUGAUUGUGUGCAUGAAUUUUUUGCACUCUUUUCCCCCAAACUGAAACAAGCGCAGAGCAACGGCAGGAACUGAUGUUAAGCGACUACAUUCCUGCUCAGCCUGCACCCUGCUCGUCUUGUUUUUCCGCAUACGGUUUUUAUAAUUUGUAAGUAAAUGAGCUGUGGCUAAAAAUACACAGCUGCUUUUAGCCAGCUGACUGGAAAUGUGCAGCAACUAGUGGGGGAGGGAGGUGCUCUGUUACUCUAUGGUCCAUAAAGCUGGAGAAAACUCCUGGCACUUAUCACAUAUCUUCACUGCAAAAACACAACAUCGUAGGAAAUAUUUUUUGUCUGGUUUCUAGUGCAGGUAUCUUGGCACACUUGAAAUAUGACAAAACUAAUUUUCAAGUAACUUUUAAGCAAGAUAUAACAGCUUGUUUUAAGUCAGCAGUUUCUUAAUAUAGAUGAAAAACUAUAUAACUCAAGUUCCAAUGUCAGAUUUUUACACUUAAUACAUGAGAAAAAUGUAUUGUUUUAAGUGUAAAAAUCGGAACUAGUACUUUUUAAAUCAAUAUUAAGGAUUUAUUUAUGUACCAUAAUUUAAUAUCCUAGAUCAUGCUGAAAAGUUGCUAGUUUUCUUAAUUCAAGUGUAGUAAGCUAAGCUAGGUUCUAGUGCAAAGACCAAAAAUACUUGAUAAGAUUUUGUGUUUUUGCAGUGAUUGACUUUAAAUCGUAGGAACAGUGUACCGUAGUUUUGCAGUAGUCUUGUGGAAACAUGCUUAAUUAUUAGGCCUAGAUGAUCUUUCACAGGAAUUUAAAAGAAAGGCAAAUUUCUAUUUCAUAGCUAACCUUUGAGGUUAUUUUCUCUGCCAUGCUGCAGGCAUGAGGAUAAAACGAUUUCUUUAAACCAAAGGUCGCAGUCUGUCCCUGACAAGCGUCUUUCAAAAUGGGACUAAACCUCUGUGUACCCAAACACACUUAAACACCCCUCACCUACUCUGAGGAGAGCUUUAGAGAAAAUGAGAUGAAGGACACACACACACACACUACCAUCUGAUUGUAUUAACUCUUGUAGUGGGUGAGGUAAAGAAGCUGCUGUUACUGUGGAAACAAAGUGCCAGUAGCAACCUGAACGGUUCAUUUCAUCUUCAGUUAAUGUUAUUAAUGUUUCACGUUUACUUUUUUAAAGGAAUUGUGUCCCUUUUCCACAAACUCAGAUGUUAGAUAAAUUGUAGUGCGGCGUUGAAAAGAAUCUGGAGGACAAGUAGGAGGGGAAAAAAGCAACAGGUAAAACCUGUUCUCCAGUCCUCGUGACAUCAGCUGCUGCAACUACUUACAAGCAAAUCCUUUGCUUUACUUCCUUUAUAGAAAUAUGUAGUACGUAAUUACAAAAUAACAUUUCAGCACAGCAUUUUAAGCUUUAAUUAUUCACAUGAAGGUAAUUGAGGAGGAAUAUUUGCAUGAACUUUUUCUGAUCAUCUUCAGUCAACUCCCAAAUUUCAUUGAUUAUUCUCACAAUCAGUCCCAUGCACACACAGAGGAGUUGUUGUGAUUUAUAUAUUAUCAUUAUGAUGAUGCUUUUAUGUUUGAACUCAAGGUGCAGAGAUGAUUUUAUUUGUCAUUUUAAAUGCUGGUAGCUCAGUUUUCUCCUUUUAGAAGCUCAAGAGGCGUCAGUGUGUGACCCACGCUGUCUCUGUGUGUGUGUGUGUGUGAUUAAACCAGUAAUAUUUUGCUAAAUAUACGACAUAACCUCUGUUCCUAUGUUAACCACUUGUAUGCUCAUAAUCUGCUUGGUUAUUUUAUAGCACAUGUAAGGCUCACAGUAUACUCCUACUACACAUAUUAUGGAUAUUUUCUCAUUAAAAGUAAAACCUGGA